AUGGCCGAGCACUAUUCGCAGCUUUGCGCUCUCCUGGUCGACGAGUCCUAUGGUCAACUCUCGGCCCACGUCUUUCGCACUCUUGCUCUCUGGGGCCGUGUCAACCUGCAGACCCUGAUCUCCAACGCCCAGCUCUCUCCUCGCCAUGUCAAAUACGCUCUGAGUGUUCUCAUCCAGCAACAUCUGGUUCUCCACUCGUCUGCCGCCGGUAGUGAUCCGCAAACCUUCUACGAAGUCGACUGGAAUGGCGCAUACAACUUGAUGCGCUCUGGAAAGAUCAUCAACAUUGUUCAAUUACGCUUUGGUGAAGCUGCCGCCCAGCUCGUCUCCAAUUUGCUUCAACUUGGUCACGCACGUGUCGGAGAUCUGGAGGAUGCCUACAAGUUUUCCAAGAACUCUGGACAUGCAGUGGAUACCGAAGCUGAGCACAUCAAUGGCGAGGGCAUGCCUGCGCAAAGAGGCCUCAAGAAGAUCAGCACGCCCGAACAACUUCACUCCAUGUUGUGCAGGCUUCUCGAAGCUGGGUUCCUGACAAGAGUUCGCCCGUCUACCUUUCUAUCCCCCGCCGAUUCCCACAACGAAGCCGAUCUUGUCGUCAAACGCGAGCAAUUCCCCGAUGGAAAGGUCACUGGUCCCAAGGCAAAGGUUGUGUACGAGCAGGCUCUAAGAGAUCUGAAACGAAAAUGGAGGGAUGCUGCAGAGGACGCUGUUACUGGUGUGAAAAAGGCCCCCAAAAGAGCCAAUGGAUAUGGUCCAUCCGCCAAAAGAGUAAAGAUGAACGGAGGUGCGGCAAACGGAGUGGGCACAUACGGCGCUGAAGACGAAGACGAUGUGACCAUGGACAAGGAUAUGGUCUUGAAGGUCAGCUGGGAUAAAUGCAACGUUGCGUUGCGUAGUCAGGCCCUACAGAAUCUGGCUGCAAAGUCUAUCGGAGAUGUCACAGCUCAUGUCUAUGGUGCAUUACUCGAACUGCUGGAAAGAAAGUGUCCAAGGUGCUACGACGAGCUUGCCGUCUAUACAGACGACGCCGACGAAGAAGCUGCUCAGCCCACUUCUACCACACUCGAAAUCACAGACAUUUUGGACUCUACCAUCGACCUGGCAUCUACGCUGUCCAAUGGCGACGACGACGAUUACGACCUAGAAGAUGACGACGUACCGAAACGAGAAAACGGCAACGACAGAUUCAAGGGCGGUGCCUCUGCCUUUGCCGACCGCAACCAGCGCUUGACAUUAGUCGAACAACACAUGGCUAUCCUGGCCGAACACCCACACGGCUUUGCCCAAAAAGUCAGCACCCGCGGUAAAGGAGAGUGGAGAGUCAACUUCCCAGCACUCGUCCGCUGGAUGCAACGUAACGAAGUAGAGCAAGUCAUCAAUGCCGGCCACGGCAGUAUCGCCACACGCAUCGUGCGCAUGCUGCAUUCGAAAGGAAAACUCGACGAAAAGCAAGUCGCCAACUUCUCGCUCAUGCGCCAAAAGGACAUUCGCAGCAUCUUGACCGCCAUGCACGAGCAUGGCUAUGUCGAAGCUCAGGAAGUCCCCAAAGACAAUUCGCGCCAGCCUAGCAGAACUCUGUUCUUGUGGUACUUUGAACCCGACCGCUGCCGUCAAAUGCUGCUGCAACACACCUACAAAGCACAAGCUCGCUUGAUCCAACGCAUGCAACACGAAAAGGACGUCGUCAGCGAAGUCAUCCAGAAAGCCGAACGUCUGGAUGUCAUUGGCCACGAGGACGAAUACCUGACUGCGGGCGACAAGCAAGUUCUGCGCACCUGGCGCGAGUUUGAAGAAAAGCUCUUGACUCAACUCGCUCGCCAGGACGAUCUCGUUGCCUUGUUACGCGACUUUUUGCCUGAUGUUCGCAAUGCUGCUUCGGCUUGA